GUCAUUCAGGAAGUUUCAAUCUUGCCCUCUGCACUGGAGUUCUUCCGCCAGACUUAGCCUACAGUUGUGGUUGAGGAAACUGCAUAAAAUAGCUGUUUUAAAUCAGUCUGAUCACUCAGGUAGAGCGAUGCAAUCUAUUAACGCGUGAAUAGCAUGCUCCUCCGCCUUCGGAUAAGUGCAUAGUGAAAGUAGGCUAUGAUAUCCGAACGAAUGGCUAAAGCUGUUGUCGUGGAUCUUGGCAGCGUCCCUUGUUCAGAGUACAGCAAGGCUUGUUUUGAAGCAUUAACAGGAAAGAUCUCAAUGUAUUUUGGUCAGGCUGAUGAAAUGCAUGAACCUGUUUACCUCAUUGGUUAUCUGCAGCAGAGCUCAAGUGCUGUACUACCUGAGACAUUUGUCAGCUUAAGGAAACAGAUUCGUGUCUUACGGGACAGCGCCGUUUCUGCUGCGCUGUACACAAUCAAGCGAGAAUUGGAUAGCCUGGAUUUUACCAAUAUUUUGGUAAUUACGUCUCCUAGUCGGAUGAUUAUCCUGCAGAAAUACCAAGAACUUCUCUUCACACCUGUGUACCUCUUUGAAUAUAUAACCGUGUUGGAAGAUCCGAGCACUUUCGAUAGUGCUAGGCGUAGUAGGCCUACAAACCUUAACUCUAGAGAUAUCACAGACGUGACAGAAGAAGUGAGUACAUUUCUUCGACAGCUCCCAGGCAUUGGUGAAAUAACGGUCCUUGACUCCUCCCUGGUACCUGACUGCUUCUCCCAUGGUUUCAGUACUAGGAUGGGAGGCAUCUCCUACAUUAGCACUCUAAGCUCACUCAACCUCUUCAGCAGCUCCAAGCGCAGAGACCCCAAAGCGGUUGUGAUUGAAAACAUCAGGCGUCUUGGACUUCAAAUGGGCUUUCAGCCUCACCAGUUCCACCUGGUAAAGACAAAUCAUGCCAGUGAUGUGUGGGUGAUGGGAGAGGAAGCACCUGAGAGCUAUGAUGGAAUUGUUACCGAUCAAGUCAACGUUGUCAUAGCAGCACCAGGUGCUGACUGCAUGCCGAUACUCUUCUCUGACCCUGUAGCAAAAGUUAUUGGAGUGGCUCAUGCAGGCUGGAAGGGUACGCUAAUGGGGAUUGCAAAGGCAACAGUGAAUGCCAUGGUGUCACGAUUUGGCAGUAAGACAGAAAAUGUUGUAGCUGUGAUUGGUCCAUCUGUUGGUUCCUGCUGCUUCAAGCUUGACAAGGAGUCAGCCAAACAAUUCCAUUCCAUUCACCCAGAUUGUGUCAGGAUAGAUGGGACGUCAAAGCCCUUCAUUAAUAUCAGGCUGGCUACAAGAGUUCUGCUGGAGCAAGGGGGGCUCCUCUCUGAGCAUAUUCAUGAUGACACUGUUACAGACAUUCCAAGUGUCACACUUUGCACCUCUUGCCACUCAGAUAUGUUUUUCUCUCAUGUUCGAGAUGGGAACAACUUUGGCACGCAAAUCGGCUUCCUUUGGAUAAAAGAAAGGGGGGAAAUAUAGCAAUGUUUUUAGUGUUGAUAUAACAAUGUUUUGGCCAAGUGAUAUGUAAAUUACACCCAGUUACUCAUGGUACUCUUGUAUAGUCUUGUAUGUCCCUACAUUUGGAGCCAUAACAAGAACCCCUCAUGCAUGCCAUGUGGUGACGAUUUUACUUUUGCCCAUAACGUGUGAAUUUGUUUUACAUCAUGGUUGCAAGUUUUGUGGUGAAGUGGUAGCGGUAACGGGAAGUAUAGCCUAGAUCUGAAGUGGACUCUGAAGUGAAUUUAAAUAAACCAAUCACAUACAACCCCAA